AUGGAUGCUGUUUCUGAAGCAAAUGGCACCUUUCCCCUCCGCCUUCUCAAGAUGCUGUGUGAAGACAACCCUUCUCCCAACGUGCUCUUUUCUCCUGCCAGCCUCUCCUGGGCCCUGGUGGUCCUCCCGGGGGCAAAAGGGAACACUGCUGCCCAGAUUGCCCAGGCACUCUCCUUGAGCACAGAGAAGGACAUUCAGGUGGGUUUCCAGGUCCUUCUUGUGGAAGUGAACAGUCCUGGCUCUCAGUUCCCGCUCUGAUCGGCCAGCAGGCUCUUUGGAGAAAAGACAUUUGAAUUCCUCUCAACCUUUUAGGAGUCCUGUCUUCAGUUCUAUCACGCUGAGCUGGAGCAGCUUCCCAUUGUCGAAGCUGCAGAAGGGUCCAGGAGUCAUAUCAACACCUGGUGUCAAAGAUGAUUGAAGACUGAUGGUAAAAUUCCUAACCUGUUACCAGACAACUCUAUUAAAAAAGAGACCAGGCUGCUUCUUGUCAAUGCCAUGGACUUCAAAGGAAGAUGGAAUGGACCCUUCCAGAAAACAUGCACAAAGAAAAUGCCUUUUAAAAUAAGCCAGGAGCAGAGGCCCGAGCAGAUGAUGUUCCAGGAGGCCACCUCGCCUACUAAGGAGGCGAAGGCCCGGGUGCUGGAGCUGCCCUCUGGGGGCGAGGAGCUGAGCAUGCUCAUUCUGCUGCCUAAACACAAGGUGGACCUCAGCCAGGUGAGGAAAAAAAACCUCACUUUUGAGGAAUUCAUAGCCUGGACCAAGCCAUCCUGGAUGAGGAGCACUGACUUGGAGGUUUUCCUUCCAAGAUUUCACCUGGAUGAGGGCUAUGACAUGGCCCCUGUGCUUCAGCGUUUGGGAAUAGCUGAUGCCUUUCGGGACAAAGCUGACUUUCCCUCAAUGUCAGUCAGGAAAGAGCUGUUUCUGACCAACAUUGUGCACAGAAGUUUUCUGGAGGUGAAUGAGGAAGAGACCGAGGCUGCAGCUGCCUCAGAGAUGGACAUGGCCAUCAGCUACUUGGUUGUACCGGCAAGAUUCUGUGCAGACCAUCCCUUCCUUUUCUUCGUCAGGCACAACAAAGCCAACUGCAUUCUGUUCAGUGGCAGGUUUUCCACUCCAUAA